AUGUCCUUCUUCUUCGGUAGCAAGAAGGUGCCUCCGCCGCCGCCUGUUAUACCGCCGCCUGUCCCCCGCUCAGGUCCGGAAGUCGACGCGACGACCGUGAUUUCGCUCUUGGCUGUACUCGCUCUGCUCGGUGGCGCUUAUGGUGCUUCGAUAAAGGUUCUGCCGAAAACGACUACCCUCAAGAUACGCGUACUGUUCAUCUGGCACCUCUUCGAUGCUCUAAUCCACUUUGUCUUCGAAGGCUCUUUCCUAUGGAAUUGCUUCUUCGUUACGUAUUCGCUGCCCACCUCUUUCUCUGCCGCAUCACGCAACCACCCUCAUAUCACCCUCUUUACUCCUCCAGACGUGUAUUGGCUGGGUAGGCAGGAUCUCCUCUACGGAGCAAACUAUGGGACGGGUCCAUUCAGUCGAUUGUGGCAGGAGUACGCGAAGGCGGAUAAGCGAUGGGGAGGUACGGAUCUAACGGUUGUGGCUCUCGAGAUUCUGACAGUCUUCGUGGCGGGUCCACUGGCAUGUUGGAUAUGCUACCUUCUCACCAAAGACGCAAAGAAAGGUGUACUGAAGAAGUGGUUUUGGAUGAUUGUACUGGCCACAGGGGAAAUAUACGGAGGUUGGAUGACUUUCGCGCCUGAGUGGCUGACUGGAAGCCCCAAUCUCGACACAAGCAACUGGAUGUACCUCUGGCUGUACCUUGCGUUCUUCAAUGGCCUAUGGGUCGUCUUCCCCCUUUGGGUUCUAUACGAAGCAUACCGAGCUAUGAGCUCCGCCAUGUCACAAGCUGAGAUGGUCGACCUGGUCAACUAUCUUAAGAAGGAUGACUAG